GGGGAAAAAUAUUUAAAAAUCAUAAUUCUUUCUUUCUUUCUUUCUUUCUUUUUUUUUUUUCCUUUUAUUUAUUUAUCAAUUAAACAUACAAUAAUGGUUCUUGCUAACAACCUUUCUUCAUGGCAAAAAGUACAACAACAUUAUGAUACAAUUGGAAAGUCAUUGGUUAUGAAGGAACUCUUCCAAAAAGAUCCUGCACGGUUUGAAAAGUUUCAUCGUGAAUUCCAAGGAUCCAAAGACAACAAGAUUCUUUUGGAUUUCUCAAAGAACAUUAUAACUGAAGAAACUUUAUCACUUUUAUUGGACGUCGCCAAAGAAGCCAAUGUGUCAGAUAUGCGUAACAAGAUGUUUACUGGUGAACAUAUUAACUUUACUGAAGAUCGUGCGGUUUUACAUGUGGCUCUACGUAAUAUGUCUAAUAAACCUAUUUGUGAUAAUGGUCAAGAUGUGAUGCCUGAAGUACGUGAAGUACUUGCUCAUAUGAAAGAAUUCUCGGAACAAAUUCGAUCUGGUGCUUGGAAAGGUUAUACUGGCAAAUCUAUUACUGAUGUAGUAAAUAUUGGUAUUGGUGGUUCUGACUUGGGUCCUGUGAUGGUAACAGAAGCUUUGAAGCACUAUGCAAAACCUGGUUUGAACGCGCACUUUGUAUCUAAUAUUGAUGGUACUGAUUUGGCCGAAACUUUGAAGAAGGUCAAUCCUGAAACUACUUUGUUUAUUGUGGCUUCCAAGACAUUUACUACUCAAGAAACUAUUACUAAUGCUACUUCUGCAAAGGAUUGGUUUUUGGAACAUGCAAAGGAUAUCAAACAUGUUGCCAAACAUUUUGCUGCUUUAUCAACCAACACUGAAGCUGUGACCGCAUUUGGUAUUGAUGCAAAGAAUAUGUUCAAGUUUUGGGAUUGGGUUGGAGGAAGAUAUUCUCUUUGGUCUGCUAUUGGUCUUUCUAUUGCCAUUUAUGUUGGUUAUGAUAACUUUGAACAACUUUUAUAUGGUGCUUAUGAUAUGGAUCAACACUUUUUAAAUACUCCUUUUGAACAAAAUUUACCUGUUUUGAUGGCUGUUAUUGGUAUUUGGUAUAAUAAUUUCUUUGGUGCUCAAACUCAAGCUCUUCUUCCUUAUGAUCAAUAUUUACAUCGUUUCCCUGCUUACUUCCAACAAGGUGAUAUGGAAUCGAACGGUAAAUAUGUUUCACGAACGGAUGGACAAGUACAAACUUCAACAGGACCUAUUAUUUGGGGUGAACCUGGUACCAAUGCUCAACAUUCAUUCUAUCAAUUGAUUCAUCAAGGUACCAAGAUGAUUCCUUGUGAUUUUAUGGCUCCUGUUGAAACACAUAAUCCUAUUGCUGGUGGUAAACAACAUGAUAUUCUUCUUUCCAACUUUUUCGCACAAACCGAAGCAUUGAUGGUGGGAAAGACCGAAGAACAAGUACGUGCUGAAAUGGGUACCAAGGUGGUGGAAAAGAUUGUGCCUCACAAGGUAUUUACUGGUAAUCGUCCUACUAAUUCAAUCAUGUUCCAAAGCCUUACUCCUGCUACUUUGGGUUCUUUGAUUGCUCUAUACGAACACAAGAUUUUUGUUCAAGGUGUGAUUUGGGAUAUUAACUCUUUUGAUCAAUGGGGUGUGGAACUUGGCAAGCAACUCGCAAAGGUCAUCCAACCAGAAUUGGCUCAAGGAGGUCUAGUCCAUACUCAUGAUGCUUCUACAAAUGGUCUCAUCAACUUUUACAAGACUCAUAGAAAACAAUAUUAGUUUGGUAUGAUUUUUUUUUUAUCAUUCAUUAUCAUUUUGAUCCAUACAAUCAUUUCGAAAAUAAAUAAAAAAUAAAUUCUUAUUGAAUCAUUUUUAUCAGGAA